AUGAAGAACUCAAGCUCCCAGCCCGCCACGCUCUGCUCACUGGCCCGCGCGUCCCAGCCGAGCGAGAGUCCCCGCCGCGCCUCCAGCCAAGGUGAGUUCAGCCCGCUGCUCCCGAGCCCCCCCCCCCCCCCGCCCGGCCGCGACCCCGCGCGCGGGGAAGCCCCCCCAUCGGCUGCCCCAGCGCCGGGGUCCGCUGGGCGCCCGCCGCUCCGCGCCCUGGGCCACACCCCGGCGAGACCGGCAGCGCCCCUGCCGCGAUCCUCGCGGAGUGGAGGAGGGGCGCUCGUCCUCCGUACCGGACCUCCGUGUCCACGCCUGGGGCCUCUGCGCUCUCCUCCCUUUCCGUCGAUCUCUCCUCACUCCCACUUUCCUGCUUUUCCACUCGUCACCCGAGCUAUUCGUCCCGUCCUGGCCGGCAUAUGCGCUCGCUCUGGCUGCAGGCUGACCUCUGUCCAGAUGUGUGCCGCCUCCCCCGAGCUGGACUGCCCGGCAGCCAGCAGAUCCCUUCCUAAAGGGCACUGCUCAGUCCCUCGCCCUGAUGUUUCAGCUUGAGAUUCAACCUGCAGCAGCGGAUCUUUACAUCCUGAACUUCAGGUGAGGCCAGGCUCACGGAAACACGCCGACGGACAGAGAUCUUUGCCUCCAACAUGUUUCGGCAGAUUGAAAAAGAUAAUACCAGAGGCUGGGGCAGAAAUGAGUUCAUGUAACUCAUUUGAAAUGUCUUCAUGCAUUCUGCCCCUACAGAUUCCUAUCCCAUUUGUAUUUAAUUGUCUCUCCUAAAUGGUAUACACCUUCCUUGACAGCCAGAAGCUACUUUCUUCAUCUGACCUAUUAUUUGGAGUUUAUUUCAGGUCUUCAAAUUUUCUUAAAGGUGCACUGGACAUAAACAAAGUACACUGAUUUCUAGGU